AUGGAGAACUUCUCAUUCCUCAGCAUUUCCGGACCUCAAAUCUCCUCCUCAGCCCUGAGCACUUUUCCCGACAUUAUGUCCUCACGUGCCACCAGCUUGCCAGACGUUGCAAAGACUGCAUUACCCACCGAGGCGGCCAGCCCGGCUCAGGCCCUGCCAGCCCGGUACCACGGCAGUGCCUUCCGGCUCAGGGUGCAGAACACGGGGUUCUCUCCAGACUGCAUUUUGGGGGACCCCCAGAACGGGGAGCAGCUGAGGCGGAACUGCACCAUCUACCGGCCCUGGUUCUCCCCUUACAGCUACUUUGUGUGCACAGACCCGGAGAGCCACCUGGAGGCCUACAGCUUCCCAGACGUGCAGCGGGACGAGGGCAGGGGGGACAGCUGCCUUCCGGAGGACUUGGCUGAGAGCAUCUGCUCGUCCUCUUCCUCCCCGGAGAACACCUGCCCCCGAGAGGCCACCAAGAAGUCCAGGCCUGGACUGGACUCCACGGACUACAUCACGUCCCAGGACAUUCUCACAGCCUCCAGGUGGCACCCGGCCCCGCAGAGCGGCUACAAGUGUGCGGCCUGCUGCCGCAUGUACCCGACUCUGCACUCCCUGAAGAGCCACAUCAAGGGGGGCUUCAGGGAGGGCUUCAGCUGUAAGGUGUACUACCGCAAGCUCAAAACCCUCUGGGGCAAGGAGCAGAAGGCCCGGCCGGGAGACAGGCUCUCCUCGGGUGGCUGCCAGGCCUUCAAGUAG